AUGGUUGCAGCCACCUCCAUCCCUCCUAGAGGUCACAGCCAGAUUCUGCUGCAGAAGGUGACGGUGGAGGUGCUGGAGCACCUGGAGCACCUGGCCUUGGUUGAUUUCCGCGAUGCCGAGGGCGUGGAGCUGCGGAAGGCGAUCCGGUUUGCUGACCGGCUUCGUGAAGUGAACACCGACGGUGUGGAACCGAUGGAUUCGGUCCUGGAGGACAGGUGCCUGUACCUCAGAGAAGAUGAUGUUACAGAAGGCAACUGCACAAAAGAGCUGCUGAAAAAUGCCAGAGAGAAAGUAGAGGAAUAUUUUGUAGCCCCACCAGGUAACAUCCCUUUACCAACGGUAGGAGAACAAGAGACUUUUCUGCAGGGCUCUUAG